CGCUGCGUUAACGCAGAAGGAGAGGGGAGGACUCGGGGCGCCGGGAGAUCUCCGGUUUCCCCCCAAACAAUAGUCGGUAGGACGCGAUGGUCGCCUCUUUAUUACACCGCAGGGAAGUUUAGGACCCUCAUCGUCCCUAUUGUUGUCCUCACCGUGGCCACGUAGCUCCGCGCAGCGAUCGGAACGUGGGAGGGGGAGUGAUGUGUUUCUAAAUGCUCCUGGAGGAGAAAACGGCUUCAGAGAGAGAUGCGCAUGGAGAGAAUGGUCGCGUCUUGUUUGAUAGCAGCUAUGUAGGCCGACGUUUUUUUUCCAUAAUUUUCUCCAUGGUGACUGCUGGGAAUCUGAGUGCGUCCUUUCAUUUUAGCGCGAGGGCGUCCCGUUUGGAGAAGGAAAAGGCGGAAGGAAGGUAACGAGCAUUUGGAUCAUUUUGGCAUCAGGACGCGGCCAGUAGGGCCUGGGAGUCUCCCAUUGUCCUGCCCUGUACUACAACACCCUCCUGUUUCGGUUUGGAGGUCGCCCAACUCUUUUCUAGUCGCCCUAAAUGCUCCGGGCUCCUCGCAAUCAGGCCCGCUCAGCUGUCCCCUGCUGUGACUCUCCCACCCCUCUUCUCCUCCUCGCUGUAGCCUCCCCCGCUCUCCCUCCUCCCUUCUCCUGCUCCCUCCUCAUCGGCCUCCAAGAUAGAUACCCUCAGGAGUAAGGUUGACCUGCUCAAGCUGCCCCUGGCUCUCACCACCAAGUCCAUCUCUGAGCGCAAGAGCCAGCUGGGAGGAGUGGGCGAGCAGCGCCGCCCGGGAGGAGGAGGCGGAGCUCGUAAAGCCCGUUCACCGCCCACCCGAGACAUGGACAACGAGUCGCAGUACUCGGGCUACUCUUACAAGUCCUCACACUCCCGAAGCUCCAGAAAGCAUAGGGAUCGGAGGGAUCGUCACCGCUCUAAGAGCCGAGACGGCAGUCGUGGAGACAAAUCGGUUACCAUCCAGACUCCUGGAGAGCCGCUGCUGGAUGCAGAGUCGACCCGCGGAGAUGACCGGGAUGAUAACUGGGGUGAGACCACCACAGUCGUCACCGGCACCUCAGAACACAGUAUCUCUAACGAGGACCUCACCCGCGUCACCAAAGAGUUGGAGGAGUCGACUCCGCUGGAGUGCAAGCGCUUCAUUGGCCCGGCUCUGGGAUGCUGCCUGAGCUUCUUCGCCCUGGUCACGCCAUUGGCCUUCCUCAUCCUCCCGCAGGUGCUGUGGCGGGACGCCCUGGAGCCCUGCGGGACGCCAUGCGAGGGCCUGUACGUCUCCUUGGCCUUCAAGCUGCUGGUCCUGCUUAUCUCGUCCUGGGCGCUGUUUCUCCGGCAGCCCCGCGCCACGCUGCCACGCUUCUUUGUCUUCCGCUGCCUGCUGAUGGUGCUGGUGUUCCUGUUUGUAGCGUCCUACUGGCUGUUCUACGGCGUGCGGGUGCUGGAGCCCCGGGAGCGGGACUACAGGGGAAUCGUAGAGUACGCUGCCUCGCUGGUAGACGCCCUGCUCUUUAUACAGUACUUGGCUCUGGUCCUGCUUGAGGUCCGACACCUGCAGCCCGCCUUUUGCCUCAAGGUGGUUCGGAGCACGGACGGAGCCAGCAAGUUCUACAACGUGGGCCACCUCAGUAUCCAGCGGGCAGCUGUCUGGGUGUUGGACCGUUAUUACAGCGACUUCUCUGUCUACAACCCUGCCCUGCUCAACCUGCCCAAGUCCAUCCUGUCCAAGAAGAUGACCGGCUUCAAGGUUUACUCCCUGGACGAAAGCACCACCAAUAACUCAACGGGCCAGUCCCGGGCCAUGAUAGCAGCUGCCGCCCGCCGGAGAGACAACUCCCACAACGAGUUCUACUACGAGGAGGCCGAGAUGGACCGCAGGGUCCGCAAACGCAAGGCCAGGUUGGUCGUGGCGGUGGAAGAGGCCUUCACACACAUCAAGCGUCUCCAGGAAGACGAGGUCGCCUCGUCCCCCAAACACCCGAGGGAGGUGAUGGAUCCUCGGGAGGCGGCUCAAGCCAUCUUCGCCCCGAUGGCGCGAGCCAUGCAGAAAUACCUGAGAACCACGCGACAGCAGGCCUUCCACAGCAUGGAGAGCAUCCUCACACACCUGCAGUUCUGCAUCACACACAACAUGACGCCCAGGGCGUUCCUGGAGCGGUACCUCUCCCCGGGCCCCACCAUGCAGUACCAGCAGCAGAACGGCAGGGGGCGCCAGUGGACCUUAGUGAGCGAGGAGCCGGUGACCUCGGCCCUGCGCCAGGGUCUGGUCUUCUCUCUGCGACGACUGGACUUUUCCCUGGUCGUCACGGUGACUCCGCUCCCCUUCUUGCGGCUCGGGGAGGAGUUCAUCGAUCCAAAGAGCCACAAGUUCGUCAUGAGGCUGCAGUCUGAGACCUCUGUGUGAAGGCACCCCCCCAACCACGCUGUCCUCUCUAGGUGCUUGCUCCUGCUGGAUGUGGACGGGACAUGUGGGAGGCCAUGUGACCCGCUCCCCCGUCCAAUCAUCCUCCUCCUGUUCCAUGAUCAUCACAGAUGCUCUGAUAUCAAACUGGGAUCAGCUCAACGAUUGUUCAAACCUGGAAUCAAACGGAUGCCUUGACCUUUUCUUUCUUUUCCUGUGCUGUAAAAUCUUUGUCUUUGUAGAAAGAGGGGGGACUUUUUCUCUUUUUGCUCCCUCUGUUGCUGUAACCACUGGACUGCUGACACAACACAUGAACGCCAGAUGAGGGGGAUUACAUCAUAUGUCACUUCCUCUUUCUUAUUAAACACAGACUACCUGGAGCUCAGCUCUGACAGCAGCGCUGGUGUACCACUGCCCUUUGGUUUCCUCUAAGUGGAUUUUUUUGUUUCAAAUGACGUUGACUGUUUUUUAUAUCAAAAGGUGUGACUUUCUAUUUUGAUUUUUUACUCACAGAAUGUAGCAUUAUGUGCUUUGAAUUAACACGUGGCUUUUCAGUGGCCUAAAGGCCAAAAGUUCUUCUAUAUCAGACUGUAAAGAAAAAUGGAAGUACAUUCCUAAACUACUCAAGUUCUACUCAACAAUUCAUGAUUGUCUAAAUAAGCAGGUUUUGUUUUAUUCUACACUGGCAUGUUGACUAGUCGUUAUACAGUUAAAGCGAGACUGAAGACUAACACAAGGACCCCAUGUUAUAAUUCUGCAAUCUGUAUAUGCUUAUUUUACCUGGAUAAGGAUGUUAAAGCAUAAGCCUUGAGUAUAAUUCUGAAUUUUCUUUAUUGUCAACAAAUCCCAUUAAAAUCCCAGAAAUCCAGCAGUGUGUUAGAAUGUGUUUUGAUACUUCCUGACUUCCCUACCCUGUCUGGAAGUCUGAAGUCCAUUCUUAAAAAAAAAAAGCAUACAAUUUAAUUAAAAAAAGACUCAAUAAUUUCCCUAAACAGCUGGGCACGAACACAAAUAAAACAAGGAAAUGAUGCAUGUCCAGGGCACUAUUUUAAUAAGAUGACUAAUUUUUGCUGUUGAGUAUUUGUAUCUCCAGGAAGUGUAUAUGAGAUUAACUCAAAUUAACCACAGUGGCCAUGUUCCUGUAAUGAAGCAACAUGUUGCCCAGUGCAGCGCUGUGGCUCACUGAUGCGUUCUUUAUGGUUUUACUGUAUCUCAGGCUUUGGCUACACAGGCUAUACUUAGGAGGUUAAGAGGAACAAUUCAUUGUUUUUUUUGUCUUUUAAUGGGAUUCAUUGAGAAUGAGAAAAGUAAAGAUUAUCUCCAGACUUAUCUUUUAAUGCAUAGUGUAAAUGCCGAACUAAAAACAUCUGGAGCUGGUCUGCAGUUCAUUGGGAUUCGAUGUCAGCCAGGUGUGCAUGCAAUAUGUUUUAUCAGAUUAAAAAAGGAGGAAAAAAAAUGACUCAUCAAGUUGAAAAGUCAGGGUGCAGGGUAUGUGUCCCCCAUGCAAUAUUUAGAUAAGGUAGAUUUGCUAAACCUACGCCCUUGGGUCAGGUUCUAUUUUAACAAUGUACACAUUAAGGAAGUCAGUUCAGGAAGCUGUAGUUAAACUACGAACCAACAUCUGCUUUUUUUUAAAUUUAUUUUUAAAUGAAUUUAAAAAAGAAUUGGAAUUUCAACAAGAAUCCGAAACCAGACGUGUGAUUGUAACUCCCCUCUGCAGCAGCAGCAUUAGCAUCACCACUUCGCCUUGUGCCACAAGCUGAAACAAGCACAGUGAAAACGCUGCCUCCAUCCCACAGCCUUACUCUCCACAUGUGGAGGACCAGCGAUGGGGCACAUCUGUCCUCACUGAAUCCUCCUCCAGGUCCUGAAACUGGAAAGCCGAAACUUGCCUGAUGUAGACGCUUGAGCCGAUAUAUUGCAUCUACCUACAGUUUGACUGACAGUUUGCUUUUCUUUCUGGUGAAAAUAUGGUUUUAAAAGCCAUUUUACAUUUCUAAAAAAAAAAGAUACCAAAUACCCGGGCCAUUACGUAUGGCAUUUCAUCAGAGUGGUUCAAAAGGCUCAUGUUUCUAUUAAAAAAACAAGCAUGCUAGAGUCAUUUCGGGCUCCAAAACCUUUUUAUAAUAACUUGUUUCCUCUCAUUUUGAAAGGUGCCUAAGUUAUGACGAUGCAAUUUUCCAAAUGUUUUCACAUUCUUAAAACAAGUGGCUUGUA